AUGGAGACUGGUGAAGCGGCCCUGUGUCCCCAGAUCCCCUUCAUCUCCCCAGAAAACACGGAUCUCCAGCAGCCAGCCCCUGUCAUCCGCCCUGUGGAGAUGAAGCCGCUCCCCUUCUAUGACGUCCUCGAUGUUCUUUUAAAACCUUCAAGUCUAGGAGCGACAACUACACAGAGGGGCAACCAGGAGGAACAUUUUAUCUUGAAGGCAGAACAAGUUAGAAAACUGUUCGUCUCCCGAGAAUUUCUACCAGGUGGGAGAAAAAUCUAUAAUGUUCAGAUUCAGCUGAGGUUUUGUUUAUCAGAGAGGAGCUGCCCUCAAGAGGACAGUUACCCCAGUGGUCUUGGAAUAAAGGUCAAUGGAAAAGUGUUUCGUUUGCCAGGCUACGCACGGCCACCAAAAAAUGGCAUGGAACAGAAGAGCCCAGGAAGACCGCUCAACAUCACCUCCCUCAUCAAGCACACAUCUUCAGUCCGCAAUACAAUUUCAGUGACAUGGGCACCUGAAAUUGGAAAGAUCUAUUCUAUGUCUGUGUACUUGGUGAGGCAGCUGACGUCUCGCCUUGUUCUGCAAAGACUGAGAAUGAAGGGCACCAGCAACCCAGACCACUCCAGAGCACUGAUUAAAGAGAAGCUGACAGCAGAUCCAGACAGUGAGAUCGCUAUAGCAAGCCUUCGAGUGUCUCUUAUGUGCCCGCUGGGUAAGAUGCGACUGACAGUGCCAUGCAGGGCUGUGACAUGCUCUCAUUUGCAGUGUUUUGACGCUGCCCUCUACCUGCAGAUGAAUGAGAAGAAACCCACCUGGCUCUGUCCUGUGUGUGACAAGAAGGCCACAUAUGAGAGCCUCAUCAUUGAUGGUUUAUUCUUGGAGAUCCUGAAUGACUGCUCGGAUGUAGAUGAAAUCGAGUUCCAGGAGGAUGGAACGUGGUUCCCAAUGAAACCAAGGAAAGAAGCUCUAAAGAUCCCCACUCAGUCAGUUUCAGAAGUUGACACCUCAGCUCCUUUGCGUCAACCAUCAGUGGCCCGCGAUUCUACUGAGCCGAGCUACACCAAGAGGGCAGAUGUGAUUGAUCUGACGAUAGAAAGCUCUUCUUCUGAUGACGAAGAGGACAAAAACCGUCCACCCAAGAAACGCAACAUUUCCAAGAAUGAGGAGAUGCAUGCAAAGGGAGUGUUGACCUACCUGCCCACUGUGCAAGUGCCAAAUGUCCAGGCCCCGGACCCGCCACAUCUGAACUCUGCACUUGCCGACUAUGCAGUCCCCUUCCAUCCUUCUGCCUCGGCCACCAUCCCCACAGAUAUGCAGCGUCCAGAUCUAUUUUCCUUAAUUCAGACUAAUCCAGAGAUGUUCUUGCGUAUCCUGCAAAAUGCAGCUGCAGCAACCAGCAGCUCAGCCUUGGUUUCGUCGUCCAGCAGCCACUAUGACGCCAUCAGCCAUGCUGCCAGCUCCCUCCAUGAAACUGGGGUCGUCACAGGAGGGGAGGGGAGCAGGGGAGGAGAGGCCGACAGCGACAUAUCAGAUAACAUUUCACUCGAUUGA